GGCCGGCGGCGCAGACACCGGAGAGAAGAGAAAGCAGUGGCGCGCCGCUCUCCGGCCUACCUGCACUCCGUCAGUUGUGACGGUUCCCGGCCCGCUGCGAAAAUGUCCGUGUGCGUGGGAGAAGACCCCGGGACAGAGUCCCGGGGCCGCAGCCGGUACCGGAAGUGCGACUGCUGCCCGUACGGCUACCACAUCGACCUGGACUUCGUGCGCUACUGCGAGGCGAUGCGCCGCGGCGGCACCUCCCGGCCCCGCCGGCCGCGCCGCCGACACCGGCACUCGCUGGAGGUGCUGCUCGGACUCGAGCCCCAGGCAGCCAACAGCGACGACGCGGCGGCGAGCAAGCAGCAGAGCGUUGUAACCGGCGACCUGCAGCACGCCGUCGACCUGUUCGAGGACGCACUGCAGAAGACCAGCAACAGCCACCACGCCACAGACGGGCUGAUGAACGGCGACAUCAGCGACGAGGUGGAUGGCUUGGCCGCCUGCCGCACGGACUUCGAAGCCAGGAGUCCAAACAGCGUGGCCAGCGCCACUUCUCCCAACGGCCUCAGCACCGGCGCAUUGCAGACUAUCCGAGAGCAAAUGGCUGUGAGUCUGGAACGGAUGCGAGAACUGGAAGAACAAGUGAAGCUCAUACCGAUACUCCAGGUGCAGCUGAACGUGCUGAAGGAGGAGAAACGCAAGCUGCUCGCUGAAGCUGAUCGCGAGAGACAGAGACCGCAGCCCGUUGCAGGGGAUGGAGGCAAAGCGGUGGCGGCGGUGCGCCACCGGGCUGUGGGCUGCGCAGUGGUGACGCGCGACGUGGGCGUCUGCAGCCGGAUGCCCCGGACGCGCGACGCUGCUACGUCUCCGGCGGCCACGGCGCGCGCUGCCAGGGCUGCCGACGUCGCCUGCGCCACCGACGGCCGAAUCUACUCCGAAGACGACCUGCAGCGCAGGCUGCACGAGCAGCUCCUGCGCCGGGAGAGGGAGCUCGAGGAUAGGUUCGCCGUCCAACUCCAGUCCCGGCUGUCCGAAGAACUCCAGAGCAAAGUGUCUUGGGAAUUCGACGAGGCCGUCACUCGCGAGCUCAGGAUCAAGAUUUCUCGAGAGCUCGACGCUCGCGUGGAGGCCGAAUUUGAGAAGAGGGUUUUGCGGGCACUGGACGAUAAAGUUUCGUUAGAACUCGAGGGCCGCGUGCGGCGCGAUUUUGAAGACCGUGUGGCUGAUCGUCUCGAUCAACGUCUGCACAGCGAGUUGGAUUACACUGUAGCGCGAGAAUUUGACCGAAAGGUGUCUACCGAACUUCAGCAGCGGCUAGCUCGAGACCUCGAGCAGACUGUGCGCUACCGGUUGGAGGACGCAGUGUCACAAGAGCUGGAGCGCAGGCUCGCACGUGACCUGGAGGACAGGGUCUCUCGUGAACUGGACGAUAGAGUGACUCGAGAGUUGCAAAUCCGUUUAUCCGACGAGUUACAAGAUCGAGUUGCCAGAGAAAUGGACGCCAGGGUACGCCUGGAGCUACAAGAAAAAUUGCGUAACGACUUGGAAGAUCGUGUGUCACGCGAAUUCGAGGACAGUGUAUCUCGAGAAGUGGAGGAGAGAAUUUCUCGAGAAAUGGAGGAUCGAGUGAGCCGCGAGUUUGAAGACAGAGUGGCGAGAUCAUUGGAGGACAGGAUAUCUCACGAGAUGGAGGAGAGGGUGUCUCGCGAAUUCAAUAUCCGGGUUUCUGAAGAAGUGGAGGAGAGAGUCUCCCGGGAAGUGGAGCAAAGAGUGUCUCGAGAGGUGAACGAGAGAGUUUCUCGGGAGGUGGAGGUGAUGGUUUCUAGAGAACUGGAAGAACGAGUGGCCGCAAAAAUGAGGGAGAGGAUACGAGAAGAGCUGGAAGGGAUGUCGUCUCCCUUAAGACAGAAGAUAUAUCUGUCCAAAGUUGACGAUGACACGCCCCAACAGGCAAUCGCGGAGGACCACCGUCCAGAACAGUGUCGAUGUUUCGAAAAUGUGUCCGUUUCCACGAAUGCCGUACAGAAGUGCGACCUCGGUGUUCAGGUGAGACCGGAUAGUUUUCAGCGUCACGUUGCGACACAGUCGGAGCGCAACUGGUGGCUCAGAGACGCCGGCAUGCAGGCCGAAGUCAGACAGAGGGACGCGUCGCUGCAGUGCGAGCCCAAGAUGUGGGCCAAAGACGCUCUCUCGCAGACGGCGAUUCCCAGGAAAGAAAUGUCGGUGCAGGUGACACUGGCUGUCAGGACUUUCGAGAUUGGCGUGUGCGCCAAACCGUCUUCCGGCGAUGCGUGGGUGGAGGCGAAGCCCGCGACGGCCGACGUCGGCUGUACGGCGGUGUCGCGCCUGCAGCACAAGCCCGGGUUCGUGUCUCUCGAAGACCUCGACGCCGUCCGUCCGGUGAGCAGCGCCACGCAGACCGACAACGCCGCCGUCACCCGCGAGAUGGCCACCAGCACCGUGGAGCACAAGCUGGCGGACGCGUCCGCGCAGUGCCGGCUGAACGAGGAGGCGCCCCCGCCGAGCCCCCGGGACCCGUCUCCGCAGCCCGCGGGCCUCUCCCGUAUACCGCGGCCGACGGUGUCGACCCGGCCCGCGGACGGCACCAAGUCCCCUCGGCUCGGUGCGUCGCAGCUCACGCUGCCGACGCUCAGGACCAACUCCGUGAAGAAAAUAGUCACGCAGGAGCUCACGUCUUACAGCACUCGGUCGACGACCGUGGCAGCAAGCAGGUCGACGUCAGGAAACGCCAUUCAAGUCCGCAGCAAAAGUUCCGACCCGGCGCCGAGGCUGAAGAGACAGAACACUUACACGAAGAUUGACGACAAUGGAGAGAGAUUCGAGACUGAAAGGACUUCUAGCACAAACGCACAUGAAUCAGUUCGAAGUCCGCUAUCAUUGGAAGAAAGGGAAACAUGGAUGGGAUCGUAUCAGCUAGCGAGGACACAAACGUCAGAUGCAUCCUCAAAUCUGGGUAAUGUGGAAAAUCUGGAACGACUGGAAAGACCAAACAGGGUGGAACCUAGUAAAGAGAUGAAGGCUGCCCUUAAAGUUAUAAAUGAUUCAUUAACAAAACCAUCAGCAAAGAAGGACCUGCCUCAUCAUUUGUCAAAUGCUGCGAAUAUAGUGCAGAAGGAGUGGUUCAGGAUAUCAGGGGGGAAGAAUGUUGAUCCCUUAGCUGUGGAGGAUUAUCUUGAUUAUAUUGAAGGUUAUUCUUCACAAUUACUGGAAUAUGUAGUCAAUAUGACUGACAUGAGUGGCAAUACUGCACUUCAUUAUGCAGUUUCCAGUGGAAACUUUGAUGUAGUGUCCAUAUUACUUGAUUCAAAGGUAUGCGACAUAAAUAAACCAAACACUGCUGGGUACACGUGUGUAAUGCUGGCUACAUUGGUGAAAUUACGCAAUGAAACUCAUAGGCAGAUCAUCCGGAGGAUGUUUCACCUGGCAGAUGUAAACAUAAAAGCAAAACCUCAUGGUCAGACUGCUCUGAUGCUGGCAACAUCUCAUGGUAACCUGGAAAUGGUAGAAAUGCUUACAGAAGCAGGUGCUGAUAUGAAUAUCCAGGAUGCUGAUGGUAGCACUGCUCUGAUGUGUGCUGCAGACCAUGGCUACACUGACAUUGUCAAACACAUAAUAUCUCAACCAGACUGUGAUGUCACUAUUGUUGAUUCUGAUGGAAAUAGUGCACUGAAUAUUGCAAUGGAAGCUGGAAAUAGGCACAUUGGGUUGCUUCUAUACGCUCAUGAACAUUUCUCACGUAGUGGUUCUCCUCAUGGAUCUCUCAGACUGAAGCGUUCCAGAAGCUCAACUCCAACUUCAAGAGGCACAGUCACUCCAUCAUCACCACUAAUGGCACGUGAUGGGUUAGACAAAUCAAGUUCGUAAUGAACAUAAGUAUUUCAGAAUAUAAAGAAGAUGAAAACUAAGCCUCAAAUACAAAUAUAGAUUUUAAAGAUCUCGACUUCUUGGAAAGUAUUGGAAUUUGAGGUAGAGCCAACACUUGCUUAAAGUAAAUAGUGAAUCUCCAUUUUAUAAAGUCAUACUUCAUUCUUUUAGAGUUAGAUAUAUAGAGGAAAUUAUUGGAACAAUAAUCUUGGCCCUAAUGAUAGAUGUUGUGGGGUGGAAGAAGAGGGCUGGAGUGGAAACAAAAGAAAUAAUUCUCCAAUCCAUCUGCCCUGCAUCUACUUUAAUCCUCGGCUCACUUAUGACCAAGUUUUUUUUUCCUUUUUAAUUUAGGAUGAUAAUUCCAUAAAUGUUUGAUACUGUGACUUGACUACUCUGGUUUUAGUGUGUGUGUGUGUGUGUGUGUGUGUGUGUGUGUGUGUGUGUGUUGGCCCUACCUUCACUUUUGAUUCUUCCUAAUGAGGUCAGCAUCUUUAUAAAAUCUUUGGUCAUAUUUGUAUUAAAAGAGUGUAUUUUUUAUAUGUUGCUGUCAUUUUUCAGCAAUGCUAUGGACAUUUUAUAAGUUUGUUCAAUAAUUAAGAGCAGUUAUUUUAAUUUUAAACUAAUUAAAAAUAUUCUGUUCCAAAACUAAUUUUAUGAGCUUAUUCUCAUAAGUGACAAUAGCAGUGGCAGCUGAUAUAUUUUGACUGAUCUAUUCAUUUUGUUGUGGAAUUAUUCCAUUUAGUGAGUUGAUCACUAAAUUAGACACCCUGAUAACUAUCACCAGAACUUGCUGUUCGGUACUGAGUAUGGGGUGUCCGACUCUUAGACAAUUUUUUCUUAAAUUGCGCACAUAUACCAUUGCAACAAUUUAAUGUGAAUACUUCACAAGUUUUUGAAGGUAUACUUGUUGCAGGAAUUGCAAAUGUCUUUCAUUUUUUAAAAUUUUGUUGGGUCUGUCAUGCAAAUGAGAUAAGAGAAUUCAGCAAAGUAGUUAGUUACCUAUGGAAAUGAGGAAUUUCAUUUGGUAGAUGUCCCCAUUAGAUUCAUUAGGAUUUAAUUGGUGUCUGUAUGAACUUAUUAGUGUUUUGGGCAUUGCCAGCGACUAUCAGGACUUUGUGUGUUAGUGGAAUAAAAUGUGAUUCCUAUGACCAGAUGUGCAUUUAAAACUUAUAAAAUAAGGGUGCUCUCUCAAUUUGAAAGUUUCUCUCUGUCGUAUGUAUUACUGUGAUUAGUCAAAACUACUUUCUGGCUGUACAGUUUUUGCCCAUUAUAAGCAGAAGAAUAAUCAAAACACAGUUACUUCUUUCUGGUUUACCUUGCGGUUAUGUCAACUGCGCACUUAGUUCUUUCCCUCCGCAUUUUUAUUCAGUGAUUAUGUAAGUCAAAAUGGUAGUUCAAAGACCACUCUGGAGAAGUCCUCAAAGUAAUCUUCCAGUGUGUCCAAAACACACACUGUGAAGUUUUAGUAGAUGAAACAGGUAACAACCUGAACAGAACCAAGUAGCAGGAAAACAUCUUAAAUAGGAAAUAGGGCCAGACAAGAGUGUUUGCAAUUUCUUGGAACUGCUGGGCAGUUGAUUUUGGCAUUCCCCGAGUCCACAUUUCAACUGCCACAUUGUAUGAUUUCCUUUAUUUUCUGUCUUGCUGAUUGUCAUUUUACUUUUGUGCUUCCUGCUUAUGAAGCAAGUAAAUACUGCUGUUAUUAUUAUUGUUGUUGUUGUUAUAUUAAUUUUAAUCUUGUUCCAGUACAUCUGGAUUUCUAUAUCUUUGUCUAAACUUUCUCUUGUCAUUUUCAUGCCAGUAUUCUGUAACAGAUAUAUUUUUACAGUGUAAGGCUCUGAUUUGUGAGAAUAUUAGAGGAAGUAUAAAAUAUUUUCAGAUUCAGAACUUCAUAGAAAAAAUAUUGGCAGUGGUCUAAGUAAUUAUUUUUUACCUACCUUACUUUAUACACAGUUUAACAAAUUUUAAAAUAUGUUGGUAAUGCUCUAAAGGAUGAGAUAUAUUAAUAGUAUUGAUGAUAAACUGUAAUGGCUGUAUGUUACUACAGUAUUGGUGUUUUAGCAAUCCCAAGAAUCUUCAUUAACAAUAUAUUAGCCAUGUAUGUCCAUCCAUAGUUGUAACUGACAAAAGUAACUUUCAUGUUGAAUAUUUCUAAAUAAAUUUCAGUGCUACUUAAAUAUUUAUUGAAGAAAUAUGUGUCUGAAAUACAGUAUUUUUGAAUGUAUCAUAGAAAUUCAGUGUAGUAACUGAUGUCUGACUACUAUAAAUAAAUAUUUUCGUAAAGAAAUAAAAAUAAGUGCUAAUUUUUUAAAAUUAUCUAAGAUUUCAGUGGCUAGUGUGAUAAAAAAAAAUUGCUGUUGAAAGAAUGAAGUUCUUAUGCUCACACUGACAAUAAUAUUUCAGUUUAUCUGAAACGGUAAGUGUGUUCUAAAGUAUUACAGAUAAAGUAGUGUUUUGUUUAAAGGGAUUGCUAUUAUUUUGCUAACCAUUAUAAUAUAUUGCUAGUCAUAUACAUCCAGUUACAUGUCUGCCUAAAGAAUAGCUUCUUAAAAUUAAUUUGUUAUUGAAUUGUAACUUUUUAGACUCGUAGACUUAAUUGGCUGAAAGAGAGGACUGAAAUUCAGCACUCAUGUUUUAACGAGAUGGAGCGCGGAAUGAGAAUUUUUCCAUGUACACAGAAUCUCAUUGUGGACUAAAUCUGCCUAGAAUGGUUAUGCAUGGUAGAAUUGUGAGGCAUAUUUAGGCUGAUACAAACUAAAAAUGUGGGUUAUAUGCUAUUUUCUUAAAUUACAAGGAAAGUGACUACCUAUGAAUGUAAAUAAAAAUAAACAUUAUUACUGCAAAUAGACUCUUCUAUUGAAAUAACACACCACACUCUUUGAACAGUGGAAAAUCCUGGAUGGAAUAAUGAGAAUGUUAUGAAAGGAUAGAUUGCUACCCAUCACAUAGAGGAGAUGUUGAGUUGCAGACAGGCACAAUAAAAAGAUUGCUAAACAUGUGAACUUUUGGCCAGAAGGUCUUCUAAAGUAGGCAAAACACACACACACACACACACACACACACACACACACACACACACACACACACGUCAGCACAACUCACACACGACCUGCGUCUCCGGCCACUGAGCUUGAUGAAACUUAGACCAUAUCUAGAGUGAACUGUUCCAAUGUAGUACAGAAGGUAAAUAAAAGAUACACUCAAUGAGAUGAACAGAAAUGACACUUUUAUCCAAAGACAAUAAUUACAUUAUAGUUGCUGCAUUCAUGAUGGUCUGCUGGACAUUAAGGAAGGUGAGGCAUGCUUCAUAAUAAGGUGUGUGAUCACCACAGGCAGCAAUGUAUGCAGCGUUGCAUGCUCUCAUGCUGGCCACAAGUUGAUAAUGAGUUCAUGUGGUAGAGCAUUCCAUUCCUCCACCUGCACAGUUGACAACUGUUGGAUGGUCAUUGGUGUAUGUGGACAUGGUGCAAUACUUCUCCCCAACGCCUCCCACUCAUGCUCAAUGGGAUUUAAGUGGGGGGAAUGGACAUGCCAACCUAUUCACCAAAUAACCUCUCAUUCCAAGAGCUCCUUCACCUGUGCUGCUCAAUGCGGUCAUUCAUUGUCAUCCAUAAGAAGGAAGUCAGGCCCAAAUGCAGACCUGAAACGAUGCACGUGGGAAAGGAGUGCAGUGUCACAAUAACAUUGACUGGUGAGCAAACCAUGUUCAAUGAUUCAGAGAGCAUUAUGCACGAAUAAAAUUAUGCCUCCCCACACCUUAACACCUGGACGAUGUAAACAAUCAUGGUCAACAAUUCUAUUCAUACCCUCCUCGUAUGGUGAGAGGUGGGAAUUUGUAAUGCACCCAGCAAUAUUGUGAAGCAUGUCAUCAAAGUACCUUGCAGUGCUAAAUUUGAGAACCAAAAAAGGUUAAUGUCAUUUCACAAUAAAGAUUUUUCCACGGUUUCCUUAAGUCUCUCAAAAAGAGGCAUGGAUGGUUUCUUUUAUAAAGGCAAAGACAGUUUUUCCCUAUCUUCAAUUUGAACUAGUGCUCCAUCUCUAGUGACCUAGUUGAUGAUGGUACCUUUUACUAUCUUCUUCCUUCAUAUAUCUGAAGCCACAGGAUUGCAGGAGAUAAGAAUCAACAUGUCUGAAUAUGGUGAGAUUUUCCAAAGGUUUUGCAGAUCCAUUCAAAUAGGGACAUGCUGACAUAGGUUUCACAUUGUUGCACAACAGUGCUCAAUCACUUACUGCUAAAUCAGCACAUCGACUUUUUCAGUAAUUCAAAUGAGUGACUGGUUCACCCUUCUUACAGUGUGCAUUUGACACAGUGAUUUCUUCUGUUUUCUGGAGAUGAAGUUGUUCAGCAGAUGACAUUUCACUUCAGAUGAACAACUUCAGGAAAACAAACAGGUGAGAGUCUUUCUGCAGAGGAGAUAUGAAAGACAGUAGAAUAAAUGCCUCAAUUGCUAUGAUGAUUAUGUUCAAAAAUGGUCAGCAAAUGUCUGUACUACUAGCUGUUAUCUGUGGCUGCACUCACAUAUCAGUAGUUUUGGUAUGAUGAGCAAUGGUGAGUAAACAAAACAAGCUAUUGUAUGUCCAAUAGUGUCCACUGUCUUUAUUUCUCUGCCUGUUUGGUUAAGCUUAGCUCCCCCCGACUUUCCCAAAGCAGCAGGAGGCGGCGGCAUGUGCACUGUCAUUACUGAGCAGUACUUGUGGGUGGAUGUGGGCAGGAGCCACACGUGUGUGUCAUGCAGUUGAAGUAGCUAUAAAUUAUACAACAUGUGCAUUAUGCAAUAAAAUGAACAAUUUUGUAACAUGCUUUAUGUUCACUGACGUAAAAACAAAAAAAAAGAAA